UGGUAGCUCUGGUUGUAUGCCAGGAGAACAGAUUCCUGAAGCCUGUAAGAAAGUGAGGAAGCAAUGAAGAGGGAAGGAGAAAAGAAGAGAGGAGAAGAGCGGAGAAGAAGAGCCUGGGGCUAAGAUGAAGACCUGGAAAAUGAAACAGGGAAUAUAAUGAGGAAAGAGAGAGAAACAUUUCUUUAACAAACACAGACUUCCCUGAACAGAUAUUCAAAAGGAAGAGAGAAAGAGAGAGAGAGAGAGAGAGAGAGAGAGAGAGAAAGAGAGAAACGAUGGCAGUAUUCCCAACUAUCAGGCUUCCCCCAGGGUUGAACCGGCUGACCUGGAGACAACUCUUCCUGCUCUGCGUGCUGCUCUCUGGGCUUAUGUAUUUCCUGAGGUUGAGGCGACCAGUAACCAUCAGGCCUGUCUCUGGGUCCCGCACCUUAGAACGAGGUCACGACCUCUCGCACCGCCCUACAAGGACAUCUUGGGGGGCGCCUCUGGUGUGGGGAGACAGCGAGGUCUCGGAGCGUCAGAGGGCGGCGUUUGCACAGCGCUCGUUCCGUGUGGGGUUGAUGGUGCUCGCCGUGGGCCGCUACACACACUACCUCCAGCAUUUCCUCCAAUCGGCCGAGACACACUUCCUGCCGGGGCUGCCCGUCAACUACUACAUCCUGACGGACAACCCCGAAAAGCUCGUCCCGCCCCCCGAGCUGGGCGAGGAACGCAGCCUGCGGGUUGUGCCCGUGGCUGAGAUGCCAGGCUGGGAGCACUUGGUGCGUCGGCGCAUGGAUCUCCUGGCCUCCACCAUCGACAACCAGGUCCAGCAGGAGGUGGACUAUGUCUUCUGUGCCGACGUGGACCAAGAGUUCGCCAGCCAGGUGGGCACGGAGAUCCUUGGGACGCUGGUAGCCACGCUGGACCCACAGCACACUUCCAUGCCCAUCUACACUUACCCGUACGAGAGGAGCCCAGACUCGCGGGCUUGUGUCCUCGACGAGGAGGGCGACUACUACUACACCUCGGAGCUCUACGGGGGCCUGUGCUCAGAGGUAAUGGCCCUGACAAAGGUCUGCUCCCAGCUCAUCCUCCAAGACCACGCCCUGGGCGUAGAGGCUCAGGGGCUGGAGGAGAGCUAUCUGAACCGCUACCUGAUUGACAGGAGGCCUACCUGCGUGCUCUCGCCUGAGUAUAGCUGGUGGGAUUCCCCAGUGACGCCUGAGGUCCCUCAGAAGAGGGUCAUCUCGCUGGGGAGGCAAUGCGCCUCACUCAGGGACCAGGGGAAGAGCGCUCUCAACUGCUAAAAGAACACGAACGGAGACGAACGGAGAGAAACAGAGAGGAAAAGAGAGUAGAGAAGAUGACUGGGAGGUCAUGUAUGGAGCAGAGAAGGGACUGAAAGCUAAUAACCACUUUGAGUAAAAUCUGAAGAGCUCUAUACUAAAGAGCCAUGCAGCCUGUGGAUUUUGAUAUAUUGUUUUGUAAAUAUUUAGCUGGUUAUAUACUGUAUAUAUCAAGUUAUAUACAAUUGUAAUGCAAGAUACUUCACUAGAAUAGAGGGGGAUGAGAGGAAAAGAGAAGGAUUGUUCUUAUGGAGUGAAAAGAAAGCACACAAUUGCUCUGUUAACAAUAUUACCUAUCUGCAUACAGUAUUAAUCACAAGCAUCUAUUCAGUUCUUUGGAUCUGUCCUAUGUCAGUUACACCAUUUUUUUUAAUACAUUGUUCACAUUAUUGUAACCCACUCCAAAUAUCUGCCUAUUUUAAAAUGCUAUCUCAAAUUCUAGCUGUGCAGUUGAUGGAUCUUGAUGUCUUUGUGUUAAAACAGCUGGUAGCAAACGGAGGAAAUCUAAGAGGCUAUGUAAAGUGUAUCUUUCCUCUGUGGACCUGGCACUUGACACACCAUUAAAGUCAGAUCUGAGAUACAACCCAGAGGGGCUGGUUGGUUCUCUGCGAUAAGAGUGACUGGAGCAAAUGCCUGCUUUUAGCAGCCGGUUCAAUCAUUAACC